UCAUUUCUAGGAGGAGCGCCUUUGCCCUCUGUAUAAUCUCUGCCGGUGACAGCAGCCGGAAACAACGUCAUCACGCCCCUCAGGGUCACACACAGCCAUAGAGCGGUUCCCAGGCAGAAACCGAGAGGCCCUCCGGGAAAUGUCCUUCGGGGAACGGAGCGAGAACGUGCUUCCCGCCGUCCACCUUACGCUCCCUAACAGGAAGUGCGUCACCACAUUUCCCAGGGUCGCGCCGACCAUUGGCCUUGCUUGGCGGAAACUGCCGUCCUUCCGCCGGUACUUCCCACCGCUUUGGCUACAGUUCCCAGAGGCCCUGCCUGUGCCUUUCGGGAAAUGUAGUCUUUUCUCCCCUCUGCGCUAACAUCGGUGUCUUCCGGCGGGUGCUCGCGAGGCGCCUCGGUCAACCGCACCACGCGCACCAACUCGACGCCGCUGCGCGCCGCCUGCUUCGACGGCCACCUGGAUGUGGUGCGCUACCUGGUGGGCGAGCACAAGGCCGACCUGGAGGUAGCCAAUCGCCACGGCCACACGUGCCUCAUGAUCUCGUGCUACAAGGGCCACCGUGAGAUCGCGCGCUACCUGCUGGAGCGCGGGGCGCAGGUGAACCGGCGCAGCGCCAAGGGCAACACGGCGCUGCACGACUGCGCCGAGUCCGGCAGCCUGGAGAUCCUGCAGCUGCUGCUGGGCUGUCACGCGCGCAUGGAGCGCGACGGCUACGGCAUGACCCCGCUGCUGGCCGCCAGUGUCACCGGGCACACCAACAUUGUGGAGUACCUCAUCCAGGAGCAGCCCGGCCACGGGCAGCUCCCAGGGGCAGAGCUGUCCGGGGAAGGCUCCCCUCAGGGGUCAGGCGGUGUCUGUUCCACCCCGGAGGAAGCAGAACCUUAUGAGAGUUGCUGCCCCACCAGCAGGGAGGCGGCCGUGGAGGCUUUGGAGCUGCUGGGAGCCACCUACGUGGAUAAGAAAAGGGAUCUGCUUGGCGCCCUGAAGCACUGGAGAAGGGCAAUGGAACUCCGACACCAGGGUGGGGACUACCUCCCCAAGCCCCAGCCCCAACAGCUGGUUCUGGCCUACGACUAUUCCAGGGAGGUGACCACGCCCCAAGAGCUGGAGGCCCUCAUCACAGAUCCCGAUGAGAUGCGGAUGCAGGCCCUACUGAUACGGGAGAGGAUCCUGGGUCCCUCGCACCCUGACACAUCCUACUACAUAAGGUACCGGGGUGCUGUCUAUGCGGACUCUGGAAAUUUCGAGCGCUGUAUCCGUCUGUGGAAGUAUGCCUUGGACAUGCAACAGAGCAACCUGGAGCCCCUGAGCCCCAUGACUGCCAGCAGCUUCCUGUCAUUUGCAGAGCUCUUCUCCUACGUGCUGCAGGACUGCUCAGCUAAGGGCAACCUGGGCAUGCAGCUCGGUUUCCCUGACCUCAUGGGUGUGCUCAGCAAAGGGGUACGGGAAGUGGAGCGGGCUCUGCAGCUGCCCAAGGAGCCAGGCGACUCUGCGCAGUUCACCAAAGCCAUUGCCAUCAUCCUCCACCUGCUGUACCUGCUGGAGAAGGUGGAGUGCACCCCUAGCCAGGAACAUCUCAAACACCAGACAGUCUACCGCCUGCUCAAGUGUGCCCCACGCGGCAAGAACGGCUUCACCCCAUUGCACAUGGCGGUGGACAAGGAGACCACCAAUGUGGGCCGCUACCGAGUGGGCGUCUUCCCCUCGCUGCACGUGGUCAAGGUGCUGCUGGACUGCGGGGCCGACCCCGACAGCCGGGACUUCGACAACAACACUCCGCUGCACAUCGCUGCCCAAAACAACUGCCCGGCCAUCAUGGAUGCGCUAAUCGAAGCAGGGGCCCACAUGGAUGCCACCAAUGCCUUCAAGAAGACAGCCUAUGAGCUGCUGGACACAAAGCUACUGGCCAAGAGCACCGUGCAGCCCUUCAACUAUGUGACGCUGCAGUGCCUGGCCGCCCGCGCCCUGGACAGGAACAAGGUCCCUUAUAAGGGAUUCAUCCCAGAGGAGCUGGAGGCCUUCAUCCAGCUGCACUGAGCCCGGCCCAGACACCUGCGUGCACUUUAGCCUACUCCAAGCGAAAGCACCCUGUCCUCUUGGGCUGCAGGCAGUGAGGGUCAUUGGAGUGGGCCCCGCUGUUGGUUCUAGAAGCCUUCAGGGUCACGUGGUAGGAAGAUGGCCUUUCUCUGUGACAAAGCAAAAGAGUGCCAGGACCUCCCCAGUGGCGUCUGUCUGGGUCUGGAGUCCUGUGCCCACGACACAGGUGGAGGCAGAAGUCAUUGGCUCCUUGCUGCAGUGGGCCACCUGCCACCUAGUUGUUUGCAGUUCUUUUGUUGUUUACUAAUCAAGUGGGCAACAGCUUGGAGCCCACGUUCUGAUGUUUUUGCUGUCUUUUUUUCCCUUGGUUUCUGUUUGUUGGACUCUAUUGACUUAGUUUGAAGUUGCCAGGACUUUGUGGUGGUCACAGCCGAGAGUAGCAUGAGCUGUGUGUGAGUACAGAUCUGUGACGGAUGUCCUGGGAAGCCUCCUCACUCCUGUGCUGGUUAGAGAAAGAACUGUCCCCAAGAAGGGUCAGAGUGAGUGACAGCAACAGCCAGGCAGACAGCAUUGCCUCCAGCCCCACCCUGUUUGGACUGACAUGGCUCCCAACUUCAGGCUGCAGCUGUGAGGACUGGCAGGCUGGUGGUCCAGCCACCAGGUUCAUAAAUGGUGCCACACUUACCCUGUCUCUCCUUCUCGAGGACUGGACCCCAGGUCUUCAUGAGGAGUCCAUAGUAUCCCCAGUAACCGCCAGGAGUGGGCUUCUGAUUAAGAUAGGUGACAGUGGGGAGCUGCCAGCCAGGCUGCCAUGUGGGGUCCUGAGUGCAGCCCCAGCACAAACAACUACCUGAACAUCACCAACCUGUGACCCCGCCAGCUCUUGUCCCUGUCACGGUGAAUGGGAUUAAACCUGGGUCACACCAAGUCAACAGGUGCAUAUCCCCUGUCUGUGGGAACCAGCUGCAAAAGGAGAAAGUCUAGUGUACUGAGGCCCGUCCUUCACUUGGCCUUUGAAGCCACAUAAGCCGUCCUGUGAGGACAUCAGUGUGUGAUUGCAGUGUUAGGUUGUUCUCUGUACAAAACAAGCCUUAGGCCUUACUAGGCAGAGCCUCACUGCCCCACCCUGCUGAACGAAGCUCAGGGCAAACUGGGACCCCUGUGAGAGUCUUGGCAUUGAUAUCUAUGGAUUAAAUGCAGGUUUGUGAAGAAA